CUAUGGAAAAUUAUAAUCAAACAUCAACUGAUUUUAUCUUAUUGGGGUUGUUGCCACAAGCAAGAAUCAGCCUUUUCCUGUUCAUACUCAUAGUUCUCAUUUUCCUAAUGGCUCUAAUUGGCAACCAGUCCAUGAUCCUCCUCAUCCUCCUGGAUGCCCACCUCCACACACCCAUGUAUUUCCUACUCAGUCAGCUCUCCUUCAUUGACCUAAAUUACAUCUCCACCAUUGUCCCCAAGAUGGCUUCUGAUUUUCUGUUUGGAAACAAGUCCAUUUCCUUUAUCGGAUGUGGGGUUCAGAGUUUUUUCUUCCUGACUUUAGGAGGUGCAGAGUCACUGCUCCUGACGUCAAUGGCCUAUGACCGUUAUGUGGCUAUUUGCUUUCCUCUCCACUAUCCCAUCUAUAUGAGCAAAAGAGUAUGUGCACUGAUGGUAUCAGGAUCUUGGAUAAUGGGCUCUAUGAAUGCUUGUGCCCACACUGUAUACCUACUCCAUAUGCCUUAUUGCCGAUCCAGGGCCAUUGAUCAUUUCUUCUGUGAUGUCCCAGCCAUGUUGUCUUUGGCCUGCACGGACACCUGGGGCUAUGAGUGCACGGUGUUUUUGAGCACGGCCAUCUUUCUUGUUUUUCCAUUUGUUGUUAUUGCCUGUUCCUAUGGUCGGGUUUUCCUUGCUGUCUCUCGCUUGCAGUCUGCAGAAGGCAGGAGGAAGGCCUAUUCCACCUGCAGCACCCACCUCACUGUGGUGACUUUCUACUAUGCACCUUUUGCUUACACCUAUCUCCGGCCAAGAUCCCUCCGAUCUCCAACAGAAGACAAGGCUCUGGCUGUUUUCUACACCAUCCUCACCCCAAUGCUCAACCCUAUCAUCUACAGCCUGAGAAACAAGGAGGUGAUGGGGGCCCUGAAACGAGUGAUGCAGAGAAUCUGCUCUUUAAAAAUGUAGACAAACUUUCUGCCUCUGUCUCCAGGACUCAAGUGCACCUAUGU